GUUGAAAUGGCAAAAAUUUUGCUCAGAAUCUUGUAGCAUCACACGAAUAAUAUGGCUACUAGUAGUAACCAACUGACUACGAAGGAACAAAUCGCCCAGCUAUGCACAAUAACUGGCGCAGAUGAGAAAACUGCAGAAAACUUGCUCGAUGCUUGCGCCGGAAAUUUGGAAAUGGCAAUCAACAUGGCUGUGGACGGCCCGGCAACGAUAAACAAUGACCUGGACAUCAACAAUCAGCAACCGCAUUCAGUGGAGCGUUCCAGAAGAAGAAGUAAAGGUGAGCCGUCGGCUGUGGCUUCGGCAGCCACUUCGACUUCAAUGGACGCGAACGUCGGUGGCGACGAUGUCCGUGCGCCCAUUCCAAAAAAGAGGGAGGUUCUCGUAGAGGAAGGCUACCACCAGACAUACGGAUUUCGCGGCGGCCGCCGUCCGGCCCGCUCCGUCUUCGACGGCUUCCGCGACUUCCAGCGCGAGACGAAAGUGCAGGAGGCGAUGCUGACCAAGAGCACCGACGCGCGAAAGCUCAAGACUCUCGAGGAUCUGUUUCGCCCGCCGGUUGACCUCAUGCACAAGGGCAGCUUCGAGUCGGCGCGUGAGGCGGGGCAGGUCAGCGGCAAGUGGCUGAUGGUGAACAUACAGAACGUGCGCGAGUUUCCCUGCCAGGUACUGAACAGGGACGUGUGGAGCUCGGAUGCAGUGCGACUCAUCAUCAAGGAGCACUUCGUCUUCUGGCAGGUGUACCACGACAGCAGCGAGGGCGAGCGCUUCCUGCAGUUCUACAAGGUCACCGAGUAUCCGUACGUCGCCAUCCUCGACCCGCGCACGGGCGAGAAUCUCUCCAUCUGGCACAGAGUCGACGCUCCCACCUUCUGCGAGAGCGUGACGGAUUUCAUCUCGCAGCAUCCGACGAUUCAGGCGAGCCCGCCGAACGCGGAACCACCGAGAAAGAAGAUAUGCUCCGAAUCGAUACUCGACGCAAGCGAGGACAGCCAGCUAGAAGCGGCCAUCGUCGCAUCGCUAGUUAACAAUAGCGAAACGACGCAAGAGGGUGACGAGACGGACAGCAGUGGCUCGGAAAUCGAAACUUUUUCCGAUUCCGGCAGCGAGGCGGCGUCUCCCGUUAAGAAGAACCAGGGAAAGUCGCAAAAGGCCAGCAUCACCGCUCAGCAAGAGCAGAAGACAAUCUCCCCAGUUCGUCAAGUUCCCUGUAAAAAGAAACUUCACAUGCCACAGCUGCAACCUCAGGCUAGCGAUCAGUCGAAGAAAGAUCCUGCUGCGGUGAACGGAAAAGCCGAGUGCGAAUGGAAGAAGCAUCUUGGCCCCGAAACAGAUCCGAAUACGAACCUCAUGAUUCGUUUCCCAGAUGGAAAGAGAGAGCAGCUGAACGUACCCAGCUCGUCCAAACUUAUGGCAUUAGUGCACUUCACGAUAGCCAAGGGUUUCCCGAAUGAACGAUAUGAGUUGGUUACAAACUUCCCACGAAGAAAAUUGUCCUACAUGGAUUUUAACGUGACUCUGAAAGACAUCGGACUAUUUCCACAGGAGACUGUCUUUGUACAAGAGCGAUGAGUUACUAUUUGAAAAUGUAUAUUUAAGUUAGCAUAGGUUUAAAUGUGCUAAGUCUGUCAAAAAAACAAACAAAAAACGUGGUUUACGUGUUCUUUUGCAUGACAACAAACUGUAUAGAGAUUUCUAAGUAAUAUAUAGGUAGAUGGUGAAUAUGUCCUGAUCAGGUGUAAUGAUUUGGGAGUACAGGUUUCAUAUCUUACUGGUGGUAGGUGUAUUUUAUCAGGAGUAAGAUAAUAACUUGUAAACCAGAAUUUAGUAAGAGUACACCUACUCCUGAUUGUAUGAUACUAAAAACUUGUAUCAAGUGGAAUGUUGUAAUUAGGGUAUGUUUCACGUUUCGUAAUCAUUGUUGAGUCUAGCUACCAUAGCAGAAAAUAAAUGUACGACUAUACCUAUAUGUACAUGCCUUUUGUGUAAAAAACAUUUUUAGUAAAUAAAUAACUUUUGUACUAUA